UUUCGAAGUUCUUGCUCUCGGUAGGCGCUGGUUCGCAUGCAUCCGCUUCUUCGGUAAAUUUGACAUUUGACAAUUGCGAAGAAGUGACGACUUUGACUUAUAGCGCGGUGUGUUGUGAUUGGUGUUAACAUAACAAGUGAGUUCAACGCCUGCUGUGUUUGAGGACGGGCGAUUUUUUUCUCGGGAGGAAGUCUCCGAUUCGACAUUCGUAAGAUGGCGCCCUCCAAUCCACUUCUUAUAGGCCUAAUACUAGUCAUAAUUAAUUUUUCUGGAACAUUAGGUAGAAUAGCGUUCGAAAAACUUACAGAUUACGAUUACCGCGGUAACACCUAUUACACAGUAAAAAAUUUAAGUCUGUACGAAUGUCAAGGUUGGUGUCGAGAAGAACCGGACUGCCAGGCCGCCGCUUUCAGUUUCGUAUUAAAUCCUCUAAUACCGAUCCAAGAAACGUUAUGUUUACUUCAAAACGAAACGUCGUCCAGUAAUCCAUCAGCUACGCCUCAGAGAGCAGUCAACAUGUAUUACAUGACGAAACUUCAACUCAGAUCUGAGAAUAUUUGUUUGAGACCUUGGGCUUUCGAAAGAAUACCGAAUAAGAUGAUCAGAGGACUGGACAACGCCUUGAUUUAUACAUCGACAAAAGAAGCGUGUCUCGCAGCUUGUUUAAAUGAGCACCGAUUCACUUGUCGAUCUGCGGAAUAUAAUUACGUCACUUUACAAUGCCAACUCAGCGAUACGGAUCGGAGAACUUCGGGUCAAUUCGUUCAGUUCGUCGAUGCUCAAGGUGUAGAUUAUUUCGAAAAUUUAUGUUUGAAAGGAAACCAAGCUUGCAAAGGAAAUCGAAACUACGUAGUACCCAGGAUAGGAGUUGCUGAUGACAAAGUAGCCCAAUACGCCACUUUGCAUUAUUAUACCGAUAAGGAAUUGCAAGUGACGAGCGAAUCCGCCUGCAGAUUAGCCUGUGAAAUCGAAAACGAGUUUCUAUGCAGAUCAUUCCUAUAUAAGGGAACUCCGCAAGGUAAUCAAUACAACUGUCAAUUAUUCCAUUUGGAUCACAAAACGUUGCCAGACGGACCUAGCACUUAUUUAAACGCAGAACGACCUCUCAUUGACAACGGCGAACGUAUAGGAACUUAUUACGAAAACAUCUGCGAAAAAUCUUCUACAACCGCUCCUGGAUCGCCUUCCGAUAAUUCCUUACCGGUCGUAUUCGAAACCACCGAAGAUACGACCUUGAACAACCUAACCAGAAAUGACGUCAACUGUGAUAAAACUGGUACUUGUUAUGACGUUUCGGUGAACUGUAAAGACACCAAGAUCGCAGUACAAGUAAGAACUAAUAAGCCUUUCAAUGGGAGGAUUUAUGCUCUUGGUAGAUCUGAGACUUGCAACGUGGACGUGGCAAACAGCGAUUUAUUUAGAUUGGAUCUCACAAUGAACGGACAAGAUUGUAAUACUCAAUCAGUGGUUGGCGUAUACAGUAACACGGUCGUUCUUCAGCAUCACAGCGUAGUAAUGACCAAAGCUGAUAAAAUCUAUAAAGUUAAAUGCACCUACGAUAUGUCUUCUAAGAACGUUACAUUCGGCAUGAUGCCAAUCAGAGAUCCAGAAAUGAUUAGUAUUACGUCCGCUCCCGAAGCUCCACCCCCGAGGAUUCGUAUCUUGGACAGCCGCCAACGAGAAGUCGAAACUGUCAGAAUCGGAGAUAAACUCACGUUCAGAAUCGAAAUACCAGAAGAUACACCUUAUGGUAUAUUCGCUAGGAGUUGCGUCGCGAUGGCCAAAGAUUCGAAAAGUACAUUCCAGAUUAUCGACGAUGAAGGAUGCCCGGUGGAUGCUACAAUAUUUCCCGCUUUCACGCCCGACGGUACCGCAUUGCAAUCAAUUUACGAAGCUUUCAGAUUCACAGAAUCCUACGGAGUUAUUUUCCAAUGUAACGUGAAAUAUUGUCUCGGACCAUGCGACGCGGCCGUAUGCGAAUGGGGUCGAGACUCUUUAGAAUCGUGGGGAAGGAAGAAGAGAAGUGUCACUAAUCAAACGAACGAUGACGAAAAAGAUGGUGAUAUGACGCUCAGUCAAGAAAUUUUGGUAUUGGAUUUCGGAGACGAAAAACAAUCGGAAUUUUUGAAAAGCGAAUUGUCUAGCGCGGAUUUCGGCAAAGAUAAGACAGUUACGAUAAUAGAACCAUGUCCAACAAAAACUUCAGUACUAGCUUUAGGAGUAACGUGUGCCUUAUUAGUCUUACUAUACAUCAGUACCCUUUUCUGUUACUAUAUGAAAAAAUGGCUCAACCCCGGUAAACAUGUCGCUUGAAAUUUUUAUCUAAAAGACUUUUCGGUGCUUAGCUAAAUAUUUUUAUAUCGAUAUGUAAUGUACGAGGAGCAGAUUUCGAACUGAUCCUCGUAUGUUGAUUAAAUAGAUGCGAUUAUGACUUUGGGAUAUGAAUCCCAUUGGCGUAGUACGAAAAAAUAUUACAUUUUUUUUAUAAAAAAUAUCAAUUUCUAAUAAAAAUGUAAUGAAAAAAUUUGUAACGCGUAAAUUGAUAAUAAGUAAUUUAAUAUUUGGGAUAGGUGGAGGUCUGGUGGUGGGAGCUUCAUAAACUGUGAUAUACAGGGUCACUCAAAAAUCCUCGAGCGGGUGAAAGAUGUGCAAUAAAUCGAACAAAUUGAAAUUAUCGUCAGAUUUGUAGUGAAUUUGAUAACUAGUUACAAAAUUAAUUUGUCGGUGGUAAAAUCUGCGAUAUUGACUUAAUUGGUAGUUAUUUUUGAGUAGCCUGGUAUAAGGACUGCCUCAUUUUACCGUUACAAAAAUUUUUUUUUUGAUCUCUUUCAUAAAAUAUUAGUAACCAACUAUUUAUACCGAUAAUUAAAUAUGUUUAUUAAUAUAAUCACUUUUUUACAUAACUUAUUUUUUAAAUAAAUAUUCUUUUUAUAAAAUUUGUUUCAUUUUUCAAAUUUUUAUUUAUUAAUAAAAAUAAUUUCCUGAGAAAAUACGAAAAUGGAGCAGGUAGUAAAAUGCUAACACACAAAAUGAAAGGGUAGAGCAGACAGAGAAGACUAUAUUGAAGUAACUAAAGAUAAAAAGAGACAGCUAAUUCAAUAUAACAUUCGAGGUAGCCAGAGAUGUCAAAAAAAAACUCCCCAAACUUCAUCAGUGUUGCCACAAUUGUAUAAUUAACAAAUAGUUUUUUUUUAAAUAAAUUAAAAAUAGCAAAUAUUGAUUUACCUUUUAGUCGACUAAUUUGAUAUCCGUACUGCCUCGAAACUUGAUUUUAAUUAGAAAUUAUCACAUAUUUAUAACACACAAAAACUUUUAUAACAAAUAAUCACAUAUUUAGAAUACACAAAAAGCUCUAGAACAAACUAUCACAUAUUUGGAAUACACAAAAACUUUUAUAACUAUCACAUAUUUAGAACACAUAAAAAGUUCUAGAACAAUCUAUGACAAAUUCAAAGCACACAAAAAGAUUUUCUACAUUGUUUUAUAUCGUGCUUCCAACAAAUAUACGGUUUCUUCCUUAUUUUAACUAGUGGCAUUUAUGUUAAAAACACAUUUUAAUAUACGAUUUUCAUUUUUUAUAACAAUAAAAAUGUUAAAAGAGACAAAACAAAACAAAUCUAAUAUUCGGCCCUGACGCCACGACACUGGCUGUCUGAAAUAGUUGAACUAAAAAUGGCGAUUUCCGAUUUGUUCCGAAUUUAUUCGAGCAUCAUAUUCAUUUUACUCUCGAUACUGCCCAGUGUUGCCAAAGGUAUUGAAAUAAAAUUAUAUAUUGAAUAAUAAUUUUCAUUGAAAUUAAUAAAUUAGUUACAUAAUAUGAAACGUCAUUUUCAUUAAGUUUGUGUCGUUACACGAUGAAUAUUUUAUUUACGUUUUAUUAGAAAAUCUCGUUUAUUUUGACAUUUAGACUAUUCAUCAGCAUUUUGGAAAUCGGUUAAAGGAACGUCGUCAAAAUAGUCUGGCAACAUUGAUAUUAUUAUAUAUUUACAAUAUGAAACUUUAGUAGGCUGAAAUAUUUAAAAGUACGUUCCUGAUAAUAAUUAUAGUUUUGGUUACUAAUGUUGAUAAAAAUCUGAAUUUUGGUAUUACAACAAUUUUGUGACGGUGAGAUUCCUAAUUUCAGUAACAUUUUCUUCGAAUUUCUUGUGAUUUUAUACAUUAUUUAUUUUUUUUUAUUUAUUAUUUGGGUCUUUGUGUACAUAAAGAACUUAUUUUGAAUUUUAAUUAAUAUUACAAUUUUUAUGUAAUAGUACCCUUACAUGCCUUAGUACUUUUAAUAUAAUAAAUACUCAAUUUUUGUA